AUGGAGGCCCUGCUGACUUGCUUGCUCUCCGUCUGGGUGGCGUGGGGAGCACAAGGCAGCACUGUCCAUCUCCACAAGAUGAAUAACCAGGAUGGCAGGUGCAUCUAUUCCUUCACGGUCCCCAGUGCAAAUGAAGCCAGCUGUCCUAGCCCAGGCGAAACAGCGACAGCUCUCCAGGCUCUCCAGCGGGAGAGCAACGCCCAGCGAGUGGAGCUGGAGUCUGCUAGGGCAAGGCUCAGCCUUCUGGAGAACCUGGUGGACCACCUGCAUGGAAGCCAGUUGGGGAGGGGUCCCUCUCUAUCCGUGGUGGGAUUGCUUCGAAGAGAGGUGGACAGACUGAAGAGGGAACAAGCCCAGAGGGACACCCAAGUCAGCAAGCUGGAGUCUACGAUCAGCAACCUCCUCCAAGACAAAUCUGGCUUAGAAGAGGCUAAGAGGCAGCUGGAGGAAGAGAAGAACGAGCUGGUGAGGAGGCUGGAGAGCAGCAUCCAGGAGGAGGCUCGGCUAAGGACAAGCCAGUGUACUGAGACCGGAGAGGUACCAAGCAGAGAUUCCCUGCAAGGCUCUCAAGAAGUGUCUAAGUGGGAUACGGAGAGUCUGGACUACCAAGAGUUGAAAUCUGAACUAACAGAGGUUCCUGCAUCCCACCUUUCCCCAGAAAACCCUUCACCCAUCCUUCCUGGCACAGAAGCUGCAGAUACAGGAUGUGGAAUACUGGUGUGGGUUGGUGAACCUGUGACCUUCCGCAAGGCAGAGACCAUUGCCGGUAAGUACGGCGUGUGGAUGAGGGAUCCAGAACCUGUGACUCCAUAUACUCACGAGACAACUUGGAGAGUUGACACCGUUGGCACAGAUAUCCGCCAAGUCUUUGAGUAUGAGAAUGCAGACCACUUUAUAAAGGGCUAUCCUUCGAAAGUUCAUGUGUUGCCUCAGUCCAUGGAGAGCACCGGAGCUGUUGUUUAUCAGAGCUCCCUAUAUUUCCAGUGCCGCAAGUCCAGAAUACUGGCUAAGUACAACCUGAAGACGGAAGUCGUCAUAGUCCAAAAGGAGCUGCCCAAUGCUGGCUACCAUGGACAAUUCCCCUACUCAUGGGGUGGAUACACAGACAUUGACCUAGCAGUUGAUGAGAAAGGGCUGUGGGCGAUUUACAGCACUGCAGAGGCCAAGGGGGCCAUCGUGCUUUCUAAAUUGGACCCAGAGACCCUUGAGAUUGAACAGACCUGGCAGACCAACAUACGCAAGCAGUCAGUAGCCAACUCCUUCAUGAUUUGCGGCUCCCUGUACACCAUCAGCAGCUACUCGUCACCUGAAGCCAGAGUGAAUUUUGUUUACCACACCAGCACAGGCACCAGUGCGCCACUCGACAUCCGCUUUGAGAACCGCUACAGAUACAGCAGCAUGGUAGACUACAACCCAGCAGAGAGAAAACUCUUAGCUUGGGACAACUUUAACAUGGUGGCCUACGAUGUCAAACUUUCCAGAAUGUGAAGAGUUU